UUAUGUGGACAUUUCCUUUAUCUCAAAAAUCACAAAAUUUUUCCACAUUUUUAAAUUUCAAGACCUUUAUUCGAACCCAAUUUGAGCAGUACAUAAAGAAUAUAUAAUGUGAUAAUGGCACGGAAUUUGAUAAUGACCCCUUUUGAGAAUUUUGAAAAGUAAAUUGUCUUUCGUUCUUCUUUCAUGUCUUCAUACAUCCUUUCAAAAUGGGAAAGCUGAAAGAAAAAUCGUACGAUCAACAACAUUGUUCAUACCUUAUUGGCCCAUGCUUCCCUUCCUCCUUCCUUUUGGCACUAUGCUUUGUAAAUGGAAAAUUACCUUCUCAAUAUCCUUUCUCAUAAGCCAUUAAACUAUCGAUCUCUUUUAAGAAUUCUUUAUCAAAAGGACCUGUCUUAUUCUCAUCUUCGGGUAUUUGGGUGCUUAUGUUAUCUUCUUGUUCCCUCUACAAUCAUAAACAAACUUCAACCCUGGUACACUCCUUGUUUAUUAUUUUUGGAAUAUCCUCCAAAUAAUUUUGGGUAUAAAUGCUUUGAUUUGUCAUCUAGAAAAAUCAUCAUUAACCUUUACGUGAUAUUUGAUGAGACACAUUUUUCCUUUGCGAAGUUACAUACUCCUCAAAAUCACACUUAUAAGUUUUUAAUGAUGAGCCAUCUCCCUACCUACUCCAUCAUUUCACUACCUCACCAAACCCACAGGUUACACCCCUUCCUAACGCACUUGAUCCCACCUCGCCAAGCCUAGCGAGUGGAUUCAGCUUGCCUAGCAAGCAGCACGACCUUCCCCAACCUGCUGGACAAAUUCCAUCAACUCCUUACACUCGCCCACCCGACUCUGUUCCUCUCCCAACUCCGAUCUGUCUCUCUAGUCUACCCACAAGUCCUUUAAGUAGGAGUCAACAUGGGAUUUAUAAGCCUAAGAAGUCUUUAACCUUCUUACAUCAGUUUCUAAAUCCCUUCUACCUCAUAACCUUGUAUCUGCUCUUCGUAAUCCAGAUUGGAAAAUGACUAUGAAUGAUGAAUAUGAUGCUCUUAUUGAAAAUGAGAUGUGGGAGUUGGUGCCACGUCUUCCAAAUGUUAAUGUAAUUCGGUCUAUGUGGAUUUUUGCUCAUAAAGAAAAAUCUGAUGGUUCAUUUGAGAGGCAUAAAGCCUGUCUGGUAGGUGAUGGUAAAACUCAACAGGUUGACGUGGAUUGUGGUGAGACAUUUAGUCUGGUAGUCAAACUGGCGACUAUUCGAACGAUUCUCUGUUUGGCUCUUUCUAAGGCUUGGCUGAUUUAUCAACUUGACGUGACAAAUGCUUUCUUACAUGGUGAACUCAAGGAGACUAUUCACAUGUAUCAACCUUUAGGGUACCGGGAUCCUGAUCGACCUAAUCAUGUGUGUUUGCUGAAGAAAUCUCAUUAUGGAUUAAACAGGAUCUGAUGGCUUGAUAUAAGAGAUUUGGUGACUAUGUUUGUACUCUUGGUUUUCUUAAAGUACUUCUGAUCAUUCUUUGUUCAUUUAUCGUUGCAGUACUUCUUAUGUCAUAUCUUUUAUUUUAUGUAGAUGAUAUCCUUAUGAUUGCUUCCUCUGAUGAGCUCCGUCAAUCUAUCAUAUCCCUUCUUAGCUUGGAAUUUUUUAUGAAGGACUUGGGCCAUUUGAGCUAUUUCAUGCGCAUUGCAGUCGAUUGUCAUGCAUGUGGUUUAUUUUUAUCCCAAAAGAAAUGUGUUGAUGAGAUCAUUGGACAAGUUGACUUGUCAUCGUGUAAGCCAUCUCCUACUCCGAUUGAUACAAAAACGAAGCUCAAUGCUACUACGAGCAAACCUUUUGAGGAUCUAUCUCUUUAUAGGAGUCCUUCAGGGGCACUUCAGUACCUUACAUUCAUGAGAUCCGAUAUUACGUAUGUUGUGCAACAAGUAUGCUUAUUCAUUCAUGACCCGAGGGAUGAGCACAUGCACGCUCUUAAGCACAUUUUGCGCUACAUACAAGGUACUAUGGAUUUUGGUCUUCACCUUUAUCCAUCUUCCUCACCCACUCUUAUUUCAUAUACUUAUGUUGAUUGGUGUGGAUGCCUUGAUACACGACGUUCAAUAUCGGGUUACUGUGUCUUUCUGGGUGAUAACUUGAUCUCUUGGUCCGCUAUACGUCAGGCUACUUUAUCCCGUUCUAGUGCAAAGACAGAAUAUCGAGGGGUUGCCAAUGUUAUUUCUGAAUCAUGUUGGUUGCGAAUCUUGCUUUUGGAACUUCAUUUUCCUAUUCAACAGGCUACAUUGGUGUAUUAUGAUAAUGUUAUUGCCAUAUAUCUUGCUGGUAAUAUUGCUCAGAAUCAAUGCACUAAGCAUAUUGAGAUGGAUAUACAUUUCGUACGGUAAAAGGUGGCUUGUGACCAGGUUCGAGUGUUACAUGUCCCCUCGUGUUAUCAGAUUGCAAACAUAUUCUCCAAAGGUCUCCCGUUGGUGUUAUUUGAGGAUUUUUGGGACAGUCUUAGCAUUCAGCACCUCCCGCUUCGACUGCGAGGGUGUGUUAGAAUAUAUGAUAAAUAUAUUCUGACUCAUUGUAUAUAUCAUCUUUGUUAAGUGAAUAUUUAGUUCCUAACUUAGUUUCUUUAAUGAUAGCCUAAUUACAUUCUUGUAUUUACAGUAUAUAAACUGACUAUUAUAACGAAAUGAGAGAGGAGGAUUAAUCUCUUUCAGAGUUAGUUCUUUAUAUGUAUACCACGGGCUUAAGUUACCACUUAGAUCUUAAUAUAUAGCUAGUAUGAUGAGAAUCAAUUGGAUACAAGUUAGGGGAACUUAUAAUUUGGCCCUAAGUAAUGUCUUGGGUAUAUUUUUUAGCCUCUCAUAAUUAACUAGCGUUAUCUAUAUAUUGAAGUCAUCAUUUAUGUACU